AUGAACAGAAUCCGACGUCCUUUCCCGGUCUCUCGCCGAGAUACGGACUCCGUGCAACUUAACACCUUAGAGCCUCAGAAGACUGCAGAUAACAUCGACAGCAAAGGAGCCGAAGUUGGCGUGGAGGACUCAUACGACAUCGAGCAUGGACACCUCCAAGAAAUUGAGGUAGAUGUUGACAAGGUCUUGCAUGAUGGAGAGAUCAAGGAUGUUGAUGCCGACACUUCGCCAUAUCCUGAAGUCCGCGCUGUGGUCCCUGAGACUGACGACCCCAGCAUGCCGUUAAACACUCUCAGAAUGUGGAUUGUAGGAAUCAUUUGGACUAUGCUUGGAUCUGGCGUCAACCAAUUCUUCUCCCUUCGUUAUCCCGCCGUACAUAUCGUCUCGCUUGUUGCGGAACUUCUUGCCUUCCCCAUGGGAGUGGCUUUAGCGCACAUUCUACCAAUCUACACUCUGGACCUUGGUCCUCUCGGAAAGUGGAACAUCAAUCCUGAUCGCCAAUUUAAUAUCAAGGAGCAUGCUCUGAUUACCAUUAUGUCGAACGUGACGAUCGGCUUCGCUUCAGGCUCCGACGCCUCUAAUAUGAUACAAGCUGCCAAGAAGUUCUACGACUUCGAUCUCUCUGCCGGACUAGCCGUACUCAUGGUCAUGUGUACCCAACUCCUUGGAUUCGGUGUCGCUGGCCUUGGGUCCCGUUGGGUGGUAGAACCUGCUUCUAUCAUCUGGCCUGGUAUUUUGGGCAACUGCGCCUUGCUAUCCACUCUGCACUCGAAGUCGAACGCUGUUGCCAAUGGCUGGAAGAUAUCUCGCCUUCGAUUCUUCUUCCUCGCGCUUCUUAUCGCGUUCGUUUGGUAUUGGUUCCCUGGCCUUAUCUUCACCGCCUUGUCGUAUUUCACGUGGAUCUGUUGGAUUGCGCCGAACAAUGCUGUGGUCAACCAGAUCUUUGGUAUGCAGACUGGACUAGGAAUGUUCCCACUUACGUUUGAUUGGUCGCAGAUUGCAUAUAAUACCAACCCUCUGUUGAGCCCUCUAAGCGCUGCACUCAACGUUCUGGCUGGUUUCGUGUUCUUCUUCUUGAUCAUUACGCCCGGACUUUACUACACCAACAAGUGGUACACUGGAUAUCUGCCAAUGAUGACCGCAGAUGUUUACGACAACACAGGUGCCAGCUAUAAUGUCACCAAGAUCAUCAACCCUCUGACCAAGAGUCUUGACCCCGAAGCCUAUCGCGCAUACUCGCCACCUUUCCUCAGUGCGACCUUUGCUUUCGUAUAUGGCUUGUCGUUUGCCUCGAUCACUGCGGUGUUGACUCACACAUAUCUUUGGCAUGGAACCGAGAUCUGGACUGCCCUUCGCGGAACCAGAAAAUUGGAUAUCCACGGACGUCUAAUGAAGGCAUAUAAGCCAACACCUUGGUACUGGUACCUCAUCGUUCUGGUAAUCUUCACAGCUCUCUCCUGCGUCAUGGUUGAAGUUUACCAUACCGAUCUUCCCAUCUAUGGUGUUGCACUUGCCCUCGUUAUCCCCGCCAUCUAUUUUAUCCCUUGUGCUCUAAUCCAGGGUAUCUCGAACGUCGAUGCCAACCAGAUCAACGUCUUGUCUGAAUUUAUUGGUGGAUACAUGUUUGCAGGAAAGCCUCUGGCCAACAUGAUCUUCAAGAUUCUGUCCACUGCUGUUGUCAAUCAGGGAAUUUUUUUCGUCCAGGACAUGAAAUUGGGGCAUUAUUUGAAGCUUGCUCCUCGCACCGUCUUCUUCGCUCAAGGAUUUGCUGCUAUUCUUGGUGCUUUGACACAAACAGGUGUGACGCUUUGGAUGCUAGGCAAUAUCCCUGAUAUUUGCUCCUCGGACCAAAGCUCCUCGUUUACGUGUCCCAAUGGCAGAACGGUGUUCAGUUCAUCGGUCAUCUGGGGGUUGAUCGGCCCAGAUCGCUUGUACAGUGUAGGAAAGCGAUACUCUUCGUUGUUGCACUUCUUCUGGAUCGGAGCACUCACACCUGUCAUUACUUGGUAUGCCUACAAGAAGACUGGCAAGAAGAUCUUUAGAGAUAUCAACUGGCCUCUGUUCUACGUUGGAACUUAUAAUGUUCCGCCUGCAACUGGAAUCAACUACACUUCCUGGGCCCUCGUAAACUGGAUCUUCAACGGCUAUAUCAAGAACAACUUCUUUGCUUGGUGGACCAAAUACAACUAUGUUCUCGCCGCAGCAGUCGACACCGGAACAGCCGUUGCAGGCAUCGUCAUCUUCUUCGCAGUCAGCUAUCCAGGCUACUCGAUGCCGGAUUGGUGGGGUACGACGGUAUUUGCCAACACGCUUGAUGCGGUGGGAGUGUCGAAUCUGAAGUUGCCGGCGAGUGGGUACUUUGGUCCUGCAAAUGGCACUUGGACUUGA